AUGCAACCACUAAAAAUUAUAGUUGUAGGACCUAUUAAGAGUGGUAAAACAACAAUCUCUAACUUUCUUGCGGAUGCUACGGAAAUACCAUACGAUUAUCAUCUAACACAAGGUGUUCGAAUAUUAGAGUUUGAAGUACAAAAUAUAAAUGUGAAUAACAAAAGUAUGACGAAAGAUAUUGAGCUAUGGGAUUGUAGUGGAGAUCAUAAAUACGAAAGUUGCUGGCCAGCUAUAAGAAAAGAUAUCCAUGGUGUUAUAUUUGUGUAUAAUGAUACAUCUAAUGAAUGUUUAAAAGAGAUUCAACAAUUAUAUGAUUAUUUUAUUGAACAAACAAAAUUAGGUCCAGAAAAAUGUGUAAUUCUUUGUUAUGACCCAGAGAAAAAAAAUCCUGAAAUAUCAAAGGUUAUUUCUUCAACAUUCAUAAAAGUAUCCCAUGUAAAAUGCAAUAUAGAAAGUGGCGGUAAUAAAUUGAAAGCUGAUUUUUCAUCAUUCAUAAGUACAAUACUUAAUAAAAUGCACAAUUACACGAAUCCAACAGAUAAAAAUAUUUCAAAUGACAACAAUAUACUAUUUUAA